AUGAAGCGGAAAGAUCGGAGGGAGUCCGAGGACGUCAAGCCAUCGACGUCUUCCAAAAAUGAGAAGGAGCCCGCGUCGAAGAAGGGCCGGAAAUCGAAGGGCGACAAGGAGAAUCAUCGACGCAGCAGGCGGAGCCCCUCGGAAGAUGGCUUCGACGCGAAGGAGUACAAAACCUCCUACUUCCUCCCGCUCACCAAAUUGAACGACCACAUCACGUGUCAGAUUUGCAAGGGCUACCUCAUCGAUGCAACUACGGACAAGGACAACAAUUGCCCCCAGUGCGGCGAGCUGAUUCACCAGUCCCACCCGUCUCACUAUGUCGCCUUUGACCGCACGAUGCAGGAUAUUGUUUACAGGCUUGUGCCAGGAAUGUUCGCCGAGGAAAAACGGAGAAGAUACGAUUUCCUGAGACGGCAAAAUAAAAAGCAGGGCAUUAUCGAUGAGCCGAUGCCCGGAAGAAGGAAGAAGUCAUCGAUGUUGGGCCAAUGUAUAAAUGCUAUCAAACAAAACCGGAAGUGUCACAUCACCGCCAAGGGGACCAGACAAUGG